AUGUUUCUGUACUGGAAGAAGCGCGGUGCGUACGAAUUGGAGGCUUUGACACCCUCUCUCAGUCACCUGGGAAUGGAACGCUACUCCUGGUCGUCUUCCCUUGAUGUCAUUCCCGACCUGUCUGAUGAUAAGCCUGUCCAGGAGGAGAUCUGGGUGGUGUGCCAGCAUCCGGAGUGUCCUGACCGCCGAAGGGCUUCUAAGGCCUGCCACCACCCAAACUGCCAAGACCUGAAUAGCAAAAGCCCACUUCACCUGUGCGAGUCAUGUGACUUGCGCUGCCACUCAGAGAGCACAGACGACAUGCACUUUGACCGACACCCUCGCUUUGACCUCCAGCCUCAAGCCUCCAUCCUAGCUCGAAACGUGUCCACACGCUCCUGCCCCCCACGCACCAGCCCCCCCUCGGACAUGGAGGAAGAGGAUGAGGGGAGCACUGACCGCGGGGAGCGUAAAAUGGUCGGGAUGAAGUUGGGGAAGAAGAAACCACGAAGACGACACACUGAUGACCCCAGCAAAGAAUGCUUCAGCCUGAAGUUUGACCUGAAUGUGGACAUUAACACGGAAAUCGUACCUGCGAUGAAAAAGAAAACACUGAGAGAGGUUCUGGGUCCGGUCUUUGAGAGAAAAGGGAUUGAGUUGUCACGGGUGGAUUUGUUCCUGGAUCAGUCCAACACACCACUGUCCCUAAACUUCGAGGCGUAUCGUUUUGGAGGACACUACCUCAAAGUUAAAGCCCGGCCAGGAGAUGAGCUGAAGGUGGAGCAGGGUGUGAAAGACUUGCGGUCACUCAGCCUGCCCAACAUGAAGCCCCCUCCGAGUCAGAGCCCCUACAUCUUGACCCCAGGCAGUGAGAAGGUGGCCCACGAAUCUCUGGAACGCCGCGAAAGCAUAGAUCUGUUGGGUCAGGCGCGACGGAGGAAGAACAUGACAGAGUUCCUGGGGGAGACCAACAUUCCGACCCCGGAUUCCCUGGGACAGACGGGCGGCUCCCUGCCCAGCGCCGGGGCCGGGCCGGACAGCUGGAAGAACCGCGCCGCCAGCCGCUUCAGCGUGCUGUUCAGCUCCAGCGCGGCGGGGGGGGCUUUCGGCAAGGAGGUGGAUCGUCUGGAGCAGCUCCAGAACAAACUCCACUCCUACACCCUGUUCGGGCUACCCAAGGUGCCACGGCAGCUCUCUUUCCACCAAGACUCCUGGGAGGAGGAGGAGGAGGAGGCCAACCUGGUACUGGAGGACAGCUGGCAGACGUUGCUGGAUGGCUCAGAGACGUUGACGAGGCGACAGUUCCACCAGCAGGAGGCGAUAUGGGAGCUGCUGCACACGGAGGCCACCUACAUCAAGAAACUCCGAGUCAUCACUGAUCUGUUUCUGAGUGGGCUGCUGAACCUGCAGGAGAGCGGCCUGCUGACCGAGGUGGAGCCCACCAAGUUGUUCAGCAACAUCCAGGAAAUCGUCCGCCUGCACACCUUGCUCUGGAACCAGGUCAUGCGGCCCGUCCUGGAUAAGGCCAGGGAGGCCCGCGCCCUGCUGGACCCGUCGCACCUCCGGGACGGCUUCAUGAUGUUUGGCUUCAGGUUCCAGCCCUACAUCCGCUACUGCAUGGAGGAGGAGGGCUGCAUGGAGUACAUGCGCACGCUUCUCAGGGACAACGACCUCUUCAGGACUUACGUCACGUGGGCAGAGACCAAUAAACAGUGCAACCGGCUGAAGCUGGCCGACAUGCUGGCAAAGCCCCACCAGAGGCUGACCAAGUAUCCCCUCCUGCUGAAGAGCGUCCUGAAGAAGACGGACGAGCCAUCGGUCAGGGAGAUCAUCAACGGCAUGGUGGACACGGUGGAGGGCUUCAUCAACAGCGUGGAUUCCCAGAUGCGCCAGCGGCAGGAGCGGCAGAAGCUGGCCACCAUCUCCGCCCGGGUGGACUCCUACGAAGCCGUGGAGGGCAGCAGCGAAGAAGUAGAAAAGAUCCUCAAAGAGUACAACCGCUUUGAUCUUAUGGCUCCCAUGAGAGGAACAUCACCAGAGGAGACUCGACAGCUGCAUCUGGAGGGGGCGCUGAGGAUGAAAGAGGGCAAAGACAGUAGGAUGGAUGUCUACUGCUUUCUGUUUACUGACCUGCUGCUAAUAACCAAAUCUGUAAAAAGAGUGGAGAAGGUUAAAGUUAUCCGCCAGCCUCUUCUCAUUCACAAUGUCGUCUGUAAGGAGCUGAAAGACCCCGGAUCUUUCAUUCUUAUCUACCUCAAUGAGUUCAAAAGUGCAGUGGCAGCCUACACUUUUCAAGCCAACAGCGCCACCCAGGGGAGAGGCUGGAUAGAUGCAAUCUGCAACAUCCAGAACCAGCUGCAGAGGCUGCGCGCAGAGGAAGAGCUCCGGCAGCAGGACAUUCGAAAUGGACGGACAAAGGUGGAGGUAGACGAGGAGGAGGAGAGCAGCAACUCCACGACUAGUUCCCCAGCCUUGCAGCACAAAGACCAGCUGAACUCAAGCCAAUCGGACGGUUCCACUGAAACCCUGUCAGUGAUGGAUGUGGACGAGCCCCUGGAGCACCAGCAACCUUCUCCCUCCGGCUCGUUCCAGGAGGAAAGCUCCGGCUCGGACUCUCGUCCCGACGUUCCCGGCCUGUCCGAGAGGUGCGAGCCUUUCCUCGGGAUCCCCGGCGCCGUCCGCUCCGGUCAUGGUCGGGAGGCGGGGCCCGACGGCGAGGAGCUGGACCCCCAGUGCCGCUCUCUCUCCAUGGACAGCGCCUACGGCACCCUCUCCCCCGAGUCCUUCAUGCGAGAGCUGCAACCACAGCCCGGCCACAGCGAGGGAGAGGAGACCGAGGAGGAGGAGACGGACCGGGAGGGCCCGGAGGAACGUCUGGAAGCUGAAAACAAGGAGGUCGUAGAAGAAGAAGAAGAAGAAGAGGACGAGGAGGAGGAGGAUUGUGCGUCUCUAGGGUCCCAGUUGUCGGUAGUCCAGUCGUGUAAACCUCGACGGAGGCCUCAUGUUCAGCCGAGGCAUCACUGCCUUCAGAGACUAUCCUCUACGGCUUUGUCUCGCUCCGAGGACAACCUCCUCCAGCGCUUCCACGAGGAGAACCCCAGCUCUCAAACGCACUCCGAGGACCCGGGUUCGCCCUGCGGGGACACGGAACCGGCCUCGCUGGCUCACAGCCGGAGUCUGACGGAGCUCCGGCAGAACAGCGUGGGCGACUUCCACCCGUCGGAGGACUUCCUGAGCGCCAGCAUGCCCUCGGAGAAGCUCCGGGCCCGCCUGGGCGAGGUUGAGGCCCGGCGCAGCCAAGGGGAGCCCGCCGGACUUUACGAGGGGGACGAGUACCUGAGGGUGAGCUCGGACGAUGUGGCGGACCAAUCCGGCUGCGAGCCGGCGCCUAGCGCCGAUCCAAAGGAAACGCCGCCCAAAAAGAAGAAAUCUCACGCCCAGCAACACAAGAAGCUCACGCUAGCUCAGCUGUACCGGAUACGCACCACUCUGGUCCUCAACUCCACGCUCACGGCCUCGGAGGUCUGA